GGAAAGGCAACUCCUCUCCCACAGUCUAUGGUCUCCACUAAGGACCGACUGUUUGGGAUCCUUGGGCUCGCUUCCAGGACAUAACCAAAAAGUCGUUAUUUUGGGAUACAUAGUUUCGACAUACUCACAACAGACAAAAUGCCUCCUACAUUGGACCUCAGCGGCGCCACACAUUCAAAGAUGAUGGUGGUGCCGCCCAGGCUCAACUUGAGAAGAGCAGCGUCCUACCAGGGCGAAAAGGGCCCUCUGUCUUCGACCUCUUCGCGCUUCAGCUUCAACCACCUCGUUUUCGCCUCGCCACCACCGUCGCCGAGGUUACCCACCCUCGUACCUCCGCGACCGAGGAAAACGUCCAACCCGCCGAGGCCGAGCCGUGUUUUCAAGACGCUCCUAUGCGUAGCAGCCGCCGUGGGUAUGGUUUACCUUUCCAUAACUGCAGUAGUCGGCUCCAAAGUCGCCAUCCCUUGGCUGGAGCCCGAACCCGAACAGUUUGAGAUGGUUGGCCAGGCGGGACUGCCUGACUUUCCCACGCCAAUCGCAUUCAACGAUAAGCGCGGGAACCCAAAGUGGACCGUAUUCAUCCCGCCCGAGCAGUCAUUCCCGCUAUCUAUGCAGGGCUACGCCGACAUGGUGUCGAUGUGCCGUGGAGUUUCGAUGCGUGUCAAUGAUCUGCGCAACCCGGGACGGGGAGCUGAGACUUCGCACCACAACCCAUCGAAACUCAUAUCUGGAGAUGCGAACUUUGUAGAUGUCCACGAGGCCGAGGCAGCCAAGCUACUUCCGGGUGCUGCCGUCGGGUAUCAGAAGGGGGAAACACCCGCCUGCGCGUCUAGUUUGACGUACGUGCUUGAGUCCACAGACGCGGGGAUUGGCAAGUCUCUUAUGAUGAUGUGGACUGCGUAUGGACUGGCACAGCGUCAAGGGCGCGCCUUUUUCGUUGACGACACCCGGUGGGCGUAUGGGAAAUACGCAGAGAUUUUUAACAAGGCCCCGGACCCCGGAUGUCGCGCUCCAAGGAGACAUGAGAUUCUGCCGUGUCCUUACCAGGCGCGGCACCUUGUUCUCAACUUGGCCACAGUUGAGGGAUAUGUUUCAGCGUCGCUGGGCGGGGAGCCAUCCACGGGUCCUGUCGAGAAUAUGUCCUCAGACCGACAGCGAGAGCGUUUCGAUCUUGCCAGAGCCGGAUACGAAGCUCUAUUCCACCUCAAUGCACAGGAUACCGAAUACGUGAAGAAGCGUACCGCCGAGCUGCGCGGCAAGACUCGCGCACUACCCGACCAGCGCGACGGCCUCGUUGUCGGUUUGCACGUCCGACGCGGCGACAGACACCCACUCGAGUACCAGUAUCGCGACUCGUACCUUCCCUUCGCGGCCUACGCAGAGAUGGCGAAGAAGCUCUUGGCCGGCAACGAGAAGCAGUCCGUCAAGAUCCUGGCGUCGGACGACCCGAUGGUCUACGAAGCCGACGACUUCUCCGACACGGCGCGCGCCCAGGAGUUUAUCAAGCUGGCGAGCAAGACGGCUAUCCAGCAGGUCAACCCGGGCAGCAACCGCGGGGUGAUGCGCAAGUUUGUCGACGACACGUUCGGCUGGGAGGGCGGCUUCUUCGCCGCCAUGUUCUGGAACCUGGGCCUUUCGAGCACCAGCGCGGCGCACUCGUCGCACAAGCAGGCCGUCAUGGCCACCAAGGGCGCCGCGUCUCCGUCGGCCGACACGGCGCGGCUGAGGAGCUACAUGGGCCGCGCCUACAUGAUGGACUUGGCGGUGCUCGCCGACGCGAGCGACGCCGUCGUGUGCACCGUCAGCGCCAUGGGCUGUCGGCUCCUGGGCGUCAUGAUGGGGUGGGAGAGGGCGUUUGAGAACGCCAAGUGGGUUAAUAUCGAUGGUGAUUAUGGGUGGGGCGGUGGCACUUGGUGACCAUUUUACGCAGAGGAGCUCAUACGGGGCUCCAAGUCAGAGGGGAGGAAAACAUAC